AUGGAUAAAAUGAAGGCGGCUUUACAAGAUAAGUUGAUUGGUUUUGACCAUGCCAAGGAAACUCACAAUAAAGUGUAUAAUGAGGAACAUCAUAAGGCACACUUUGGUCACGAGCUCGUGGCAGGCGGUGCUGCCUUCGAAGCCAUGAAGGUUUUCGAAGACCGCCAGCGCAAGAAGGGCGAGCCUGUAAACCACGCAUUCGCUAAAGAAAUGCUCGCCGGCAUCGCUGCUGCCGAGGUCGAUAAGCUUGUCGAGACGAAAGGGCUUGAUCACAUUGAUCGGCAGAAGGCCAAACACCACGCUGAGAAGCAGGCAGAGCAUUUGUAUGACCAGCAUUACGGAAAGCAAGGCGAAAUGUUUGAUCCGUAG